AACAUACACAAACAUACAUGUACAUACAUAUGUAUGUAUAUAUGUAUUUGUUUUCAUCGAUCAAAGUAAAUAAGAAUAAAGCAAAGGCAACUAUUUAAAUAUAAUAGUCCUACCUUAAUAUAAUAUUAUUUAAGCCAUAGACGACAGACCCUGACAUGGCUUUUCUUUGUCCUGUGCGCAUGCGGCGCGACAAGAAAAAAGCAACAAGUGCCAACAUCGAAAUUGAAAGGGAUCGGGAUCGCGAUCUUCCUGUGGCCUUAGGCAUGGGACGUAUUACUGGAUCUUCAAGCAUCGAAACUUUGGUGCGUGUCGGAAUAGAAAAGGAACAUGGAUUGAGUCCUGACUCAAAAAUGGUGGUACUUCAUGACUUUACUCCAUGCGUGGAUGACGAACUGGAAGUGAAACGUGGCCAGUUGGUUAAUGUGUUGUAUCGCGAAAACGAUUGGGUCUACGUAAUUGGCCAGGACUCGAGGCAGGAAGGAUUUAUACCAUUCUCCUAUUGUGCUCCAUAUUCUACACAAAUGGCUGAAUUAGCCGUUAAGAAAAAAUUACCACGUGAACAAACUACAGAGCAACUCCAGGAGGAGAAAUUACCGCUCCUCGCAAUAACAGAGAAUAAACCGGACGAUGAAUCUUGCAAUACCAACAGCAAUGCGAAUGCUAAUGGCUCGUCCAACGAAAUAAACCUGCAUUUAGUCGAACCAGAGUGUACACCGUUCAUUAAGGAGCCCUCUGGCCGUUGCAUUGUCCUGUACACCUUUAUAGCCCGCGAUGAAAACGAUUUGUCUGUGGAGCGAGGCGAAUUUGUGACAGUUCUAAAUCGUGAGGAUGCCGAUUGGUUCUGGAUAAUGCGCAGCGAUGGCCAAGAAGGCUUUGUGCCCGCCAAUUUCAUUUAUCCAGCAGACAGUGUUAGAGUCCUUCAGCAGCAACAACAACAGCAGCAGCAUCAGCAAAAGACGCCUCUCAAUGAGAGCCAAGUGCAACAACAUCAUGCUAAUCUAAAUGGUUUAGAGACCAUUGUGCCCAGCCAGCAUCAGGCGUCACAGCAGCGGCAACAAUUAGGCCUCGGAACUGAGCUUGUAAUGCUUUACGAUUACAAGGCACAAGCGCCAGAUGAUCUGUCUGUACGUCGAGGUGACUGGAUAUAUGCGGAUCUUAAUAAUCAAACUGUCGAUGGCUGGCUUUGGGCUUACGCUCCCAAGACUCGCAAAUAUGGAUUCAUUCCAAAAGCUUAUGCGCGACCACCGGCCAUGACAAGUCUAUAAAAUAACACUUGGAUCCAAGACGGUGGAAUUAGUUGCAAUAUUGCCAUCAUAUUUCGUAUUAUUAUUAUUAUCUUUGUAAUCAACCUUGCUGCCGAUUUUAAGCCAUCUUGCUAGAUAAUUAAAACUAAAAGAAAUUUUAGUGUA